GUGGGAGCGUUAAACUGCGAAUGAAUACAUGUUUAAUAACAAUUUCCUAACUUAAUAAGCAAGUUUUAAGUUAUUCGGCUUCUUUUCUUUUCCGGAAACUUGUGCGGAUUUAGUUCAAACUGAGCAAGCUAGCAGGAAGGUUAGCUGCGGGAUAGCUAACUAAGUAGCUUGCUGUUAGCUCAGGCUAACGCUAGACUACUUUAUACUAAGCGCAGUGUGAGAUAACAGGCUGUCUGGUGUCGUCCAGGCGGUGUUUGACUGACUGAUGCCUUCGCCAUGAUGCUGAGCUGCAGCGCUCUGGUCGUUGGCCUCCUGCUGUCCCAGGUAAGAGGCUUCCUGAACUCCUCGGAGGACGACGGCGUACCCGAAGACUGGGUGCUGCUCCAUGUGGUUCAGGGCCACAUCGGGGCCGGGAACUACAGCUACCUGCGCCUCAACCACGAUGGCAGAAUCAUCCUGCACAUGCAAAGUCUCAAGGGGGACGCGGACCUCUACGUGUCGGAUAAAACCCUGCGGCCGAGCUUCGACACGUACAAGCUGCAGUCGGUCACCUGCGGCCAGGAUGUGGUGGUGGUGCCGGGGGACUUUGCGAGGCCCGUGGGCAUCGGCAUUUACGGCCACCCGUCUCACAAGGAGAGCGAGUUUGAAAUGCGAGUGUUUUACGAUCAGAUGGUGCCCGUGGACCCGUUUGAAAAGGGCUUAUACACUUCAGAAGACGGACAAAGGCAAGGGCAAUCCCCUCAUGAGGCAGAGGAGGACUUUCAGGAAGAGGAGUCGAUCUUUUGGACAAUCCUAAUCGGACUUUUGAAAAUUAUACUUGAGAUUUUGUUUUGAAAACGGUUUCCUGCCUUGCUGCUGCGACAAAAGGAGAUUCUGCUUAUUUGGCUCAGUCAACCUUGAUACAUAAAAAGAUACAUCUUUCAUGCUGUAUGGAUGAGAAAAUGUCGCACCAAACUCUAUUAACAAGUCAAUUUAACAGUUCUUUUCCCUGUGAUCAAACAUAGACUGUAUAUAAAGAUGGACGACACUUUUUGAGCCUAGUCUCGCUGUACGCCUGGCCGACUCGAGGCUCAGCUGUCAAUCAUGACGUGAAACCCCGUAUUUAUAGCGUCAAAUACUAAUUAAAUAACUAUUAAAAAUAACAUAUGGUUGAUGAUUAAUGCAGGGGCGAUCAGGGUGUUUUGGCUUCACUUUCAUCCAUCUUUAUAUACAGUUGUCACAAACAUACAUACCAGAUAAAAACAGAACAAAGAAGUUCUUAAAAAUUUAAGUUGCAAGUUAAAACUUGUUCAUGGCUUCACUGCUGAAAUCACCAGUGAAGCCAGACUGAUCAGAAAAGUGUAUGUUUGGUGACAUGACAAAAUAACAUUUACCCUGUCUUUGGGCCUUUAUGAUUUUCUCUAUUGAACUGCAGUUCAACCAAAAGGCCAAGUUAGAGACAUUUCUGGAGUCUAAAGGAAAAGUUUGGGUUUUUCUUAACAGUCACUGUUGUCAUCCUUCAUGUUCACACUAGUCGUGAAGUGACCCCUUCCCAAAGCGACUUCACUGCCUAGUUCGACAGUUGGAUCUGAGUUUCUUGAGCCUGGUGCGUCACAGACCUACGACCACUUAGAGCAGUGACAUGCGACUUUUCAAAUCUGGACCGGCCAAUAUGAGAUAAAUGGUUGUGAUUGGCCCGACCAGUUCCAGGACAGGUGGGUGCCGGUUUGAAGGGAAGGGGAGGGGGGGGCAGAAGCAUCUGCCAGAGCAAAUGAAACGUGAAUUCGGUAGAUUCGUCUGGUUCCCAGGCUAAGUCUUGAUGUGUUGAAUCGUAUAAAUGGGGAUAACGGGCAUUCUUGGUGUGGUACUUGACAUGAGUAGUGACAGAAGUAGAGCUUGAGUAAUUCAAAUCCUGCGAGUUUCCUCAACUCCGGUCAAUCAAGUGAUCGUCAAAAUUAUCUGUUUACAGAUUGGACACAUUUAAGUUGUUUUCAAAAACAUAUUAAGUUUCCUCACUGAGAUGUGGCUGAGAAGCGUCCUGGUUAGUCGCAUAUAGGUUUGAGGCAAGGACGCCACUCCAAGUAGCAGGAUGAAGAUACUCACCUUGUUUGUCUAACUCUGACUGCUGAAGCUUCAACUUAUUUAAACACAGAAGGCUUUUGUCCUUCUCCUCUUAACAAUGAAAUGACAUUAGAAGGGAUCACAGACAGACGGAAAGAUUACAGCGACCCAUAGUUCUCACAAUGUAUACAAGGUAUCUGUGUGUUGUGUUAAGAUGGACUUGAACCAAACCUUUUAAACUUUAUCCUGAUUCUUCAGAUUAGGGCUGCAACUAACGAUUAUUUUUCAUAGUCGAUUAAUUUCUCGAUUCUUUUUGGUCUGAAAAAUGUCGAUCAGUGUUUCCCAAAGCCCAAGAUGACCUCGUUUUUCUUUUUCUUCUAUUUUUUUUUUAUUUAUUUUUUUUUAAAUGUUCACAUUUAUGAAGCUAGAGAAUUUUGACUUACUCAAACCGAUUAAUCGAUUAUCAGCAGCUGACAACUAAUAGAUUAGUUGCAGCUCUACUUCAAAUCAAAUUUAGCAUUCAAACGUAUAACUGUUGUGGCGGACUCUCGUCUCGGCCUGUAAAUGAAAGAAACCGCUUGUCUUAUCUCUGCUCAUCAACACCAUACAGGAUGUGUUCGGGUUUAAAUGUCUAAAAACUUACAGCAAUACAGCUUUUUUUUUUUUUUUUUUAAAUGACCUUAACUUUCCUACAGGGCAGGUUUGUUGUUGGACGUAAAGGAAAGCCUGAGCGUAAGGAUUAUGGUACUUUGUUGAUUUUCACCAAAGCAGACAGUUUAGUUCAUUGGGACGUCUGCGAAGGUGAAGAUGCUACUGAAUAUGCCACCGGCCUGUUAACAUUAGUAGCAACUGUUCUUUUCUUCUCUAUUUUUUUUUUUUUUUCCUUGCCUGUUGGACAAGCUCCCGGUUUAAACAUCAGCUUACGAGUAAACUUGCGACCACUGAGCAGAAAUGUUCAACAGUGCCUUCAGAUCCCGUCUUCUGCAGGGGUGAACAGCCGAGCCGGGCUUCCUGUUUUCCAGAGACGAUUCAAUCAGGUUUCUAAAUAAAGCAGUUCUUUUGCAGACUGUUUAAAAAAAA